AGCUCCACCCUCGACUACCCGGACUGGUUGUGCUCGCGCUGUUCAGGGUGAGCGAGUGUAAACUGCGGUCGGUGUGGGACGGGCGCACAGUACGGCGACUGGGCUCUGGACGGAAAGAUCCACGGAUGAAGAAAUGAUUCUGCACACAGCUCUGGGGAUUUUAAACACGACAGCUGACAGCUAAGCGUCACGUUGUUAUAUGACCGGUGUGAGAAGGACCCUGGAGAUAGAGGGUUUACGGUCCCCGCAGCUAACGCGCAAGUUGUUGUCAGUAUCGCAGAUCAGUGAGUGAGUGAGUGAGUGAGCGGGUUUGGGUUGGAAUUAGCUAGCUGAUACGCUAGCCUUAAACACUUUUAAAUUAAUUCCAGUUUGGAGAUAUUUUGUGUCAUGGCUGUGCGAGCGAGAGCUCUGUAUGACUUCAAUUCAGAAAACCCUGGGGAGAUAUCAGUGAAGGAGCACGAGAUUGUAACUCUGUACAGCGAGCAGGACAUUGAGGGCUGGCUGGAGGGAGCGAACAGCAGAGGGGAGAGGGGGCUUCUCCCUGCGUCCUACGUCGAGAUUUUGAGGAAUGACACUGUCUCAUCUUUUAACAACAACUCUCGAUAUUCCAACAUUCCCACUGUUGGUUCUGACUUCAGAAACCAGACUCAAGAGAGCUACAACACUGCACCAGCACCCAGCUUCACAGCCUACCCUGCUCUACCUCAACAACAACAUCAUCAUCAUCAUCCAGGGACCCCAGCCAGUGAUGAUGAUUGGGAUGAUGACUGGGACGAUCACUCGUCUGUAGCUGAUGAACCAGGGAUUGUUGGUGGAGGAUACAGGAAUUAUGAAGGAAACGGACCCUCAAGCUACAGCAUCUCCACAUCCUCCAUGCCUAGAGGUGCACAGCAAGCCAAAAGUUCAGCCACGGUCAGCAGAAAUCUGAACAGGUUCUCCACUUUUGUGAAGUCUGGCGGUGAGGCGUUUAUCCUGGGGGAAGCAUCCGGCUUUGUGAAGGAUGGAGAUAAAAUCUGCGUGGUGAUGGGUCAGUACGGUCCGGAGUGGCAGGAGAACCCGUACCCAUUCACUUGCACUAUUGAUGAUCCCACCAAGCAGACGAAAUUUAAAGGCAUGAAAAGUUACAUUUCCUACAAGCUGACGCCGACCCACACGCAGAGUCAGGUCAACAGGAGAUAUAAGCAUUUUGAUUGGCUCUACGCACGGUUGGUGGAGAAAUUUCCUGUCAUUUCAGUGCCGCACAUCCCUGAAAAACAAGCCACGGGUCGCUUUGAAGAAGACUUCAUUUCUAAAAGGAGAAGAGGGCUGAUAUGGUGGAUGAAUCAUAUGACCAGCCACCCUGUACUGGCCCGGUGUGAUGUUUUCCAGCACUUCCUCACCUGCUCCAGCACGGAUGAAAAGGCUUGGAAGCAAGGGAAGAGGAAAGCCGAGAAGGACGAAAUGGUCGGUGCCAAUUUCUUCCUCACCAUCAGCACUCCGGCAGCCCCUCUUGACCUGCAAGACGUUGAAAGCAGGAUUGAUGGAUUCAAGACCUUCUCCAAGAAAAUGGAUGACAGCGUGAUCCAAGUCAACGCCACGCUCAGCGAGUUUGCGAGGAAGCAGAUAGCUGGGUUCAAGAAAGAGUAUCAGAAAGUGGGACAGUCUUUUAAGUAUCUAAGUCAAGCAUUUGAGAUGGACCAGCAGUCAUACUCGGUCGGUUUGAACCAAGCAAUUGCGUACACAGGAGAAGCUUACGAAGCUAUUGGAGACUACUUUGUGGAGCAGCCUAAACAAGACGUGGAUCCUGUGAUGGAUUUGUUAGCCCUGUACCAAGGACACCUUACCAACUACCCUGAUAUCAUCCAUGUUCAGAAAGGUGCUCUGACGAAGGUGAAGGACAGCCAGAAGCACGUAGAGGAAGGGAAGAUGGAAAGCCUGCAUGCAGAUGGCAUCAGGGAACGCUGCAACAUCAUCUCUUUCGCCACGCUGGCUGAGAUCCAGCACUUCCACCAGACUCGAGUGCGGGACUUCAAGUCCCAGAUGCAGCAUUACCUACAGCAGCAGAUCAGCUUCUUCCAGAAGAUCACAGGCAAGCUGGAGGAGGCGCUUCAGAAGUAUGACAAUGCCUAAAUGAAACAUGUUUGAAUUGGACUGACAGAGCUUCACCUUCCCCGGCAGAGAGCCAGGUGAGGGUUAGCCAGCCCCUAGCAAUAUGUGACACACCAAGAGUCUAAAAUUUAUGAAAUAUAUCCCCAUACAAUGAAUGUCCAUUAGAAGGAACUGAAAAUUGUUUGGGGACAGUAUAUAGUGAGAUGGCGAUUAAAAAAACAAACAUCUGGUUUGGACUAUGUGUUUUCCUAUGUAAAAACUGAUGAGGAGGAAAGAGACACGCAGGACAUAGUCACAGAGAACAUGGAAUGUCUUUGAUCCUGCUACUAAUGUCAUAUUUUAAACAGUGUUCUUCACACAGAUGAAUGAAAUAUUGAUAUGACUCGAGGAGCUCGUGUGGCUCCUCUCUGCCACCUUUUAAACACUCGAGACCUUCUUAGCCAUUCUUAGAUGUUUACAGACCUUACAGAGCCGCUGUCAUCACUGUUGUGCCUUUCGAUCUCGUCUUGUUGGUAUUUUUAUAAUUUCUUAAAAAGAACUAUAUAUUAUUCUUAUUCUGAGAUUGGUUUUACAAGGCUUAAUUUUAUUAUCUUAAUUAUCUUAUCUUAAAAGUCACUCCUGCUUAAAAUGGCAGGGAGAAGGAGUAGCUGGCUCAUGUUUUGAGAUAAGCGUGGGAGGAGUUGGUCACAAUGGCCUAAUUUGGUAUCCCAUCUGAUUUAUUCUCCCUGCUCCCCAUGAUAUUCUGGGUCCAAUGCAGAACAGAAUGUGCAAUUGAGGGAAAACGGUAGUCGCUGUCAGAUCACCUGUCGUUACUCUGAGACAACUGAACAGGCACCUAAAAAAAAAAAAUAAAAAAAAAUGAUGUUGUAAACAGGAAGCACAGCACUCUCAGGAUAACAAGAGUUAAUUUUGGACACUUCAGCCUACCACUUUUUUGGCUAAUGACAUUUCUCAAAACUAACAGUCCUCAGAGAAUCCAGUUUAUUUUCUACUACAGAUUUAUACUUAUGAACCAAACCUAGAUGUGCUGAAAUGUUAAAGAAGAUUUCAAAUAAAUUGUUCACAUAA